GGCUUGCCAAUUGCGAGAUAUAUAAUUAAAGGUAUUCUAAGUAUGCGAGGUCUCACAAAGGACCCCAUGAUGCGGUUGUUUGUCCAUCACAACUACCAUGUCCCGUUCGUUUUCUGUUCCAGCUAUGCGUCGUCCCCUUGUUGAGUGUGAAAAAGCACUAAACAGAGUAUGCCAGAGGUAUCAACUUUUUACUCCAACCAACUGGCAAUUGUUAUCUGUUGCGAGCGGUUUCCUUUUCGUGACAAUCCUCUUUCUCGCACUUAUAGCAUGCGGCUUCAUACCACCUCUUCCCCCAUCAUGGGGUGCCGACAAGGUAUACAGUCACUAUCACGGACACAGAAAGGGCAUUCAGGCGGGAGCUGCAAUGAUACUUAUCUCCUCCGGGUUAUGUCUCCCUUAUGGGGCAGUGAUAUCGAAGCAGCUUCGAAUGAUACGAGACGUAGACCCAAUUCUGUGUGACUUGUCUCUCGUGGCUUGUGGGGUAGGGAGUGUCUCCUUCAUGAUGUCGUCGACAUUCCUUGGACUGGCGACAUUUCGGGAUUACGGCCCAGAAUUGACUUUACUUCUCAGUGACCUUUUUUGGUUCACCAUCGUCAUGCAGUGGCCGCCAUUCUGGAUACAAUGCUGGACCAUAACGUGGGCAAUUCUCUCGGAUAGAAGUUCAAACCCUGCCUUUCCAAGGUCCUUGGCCAUCCUCAACUUUAUUGCACCUUUGGCAUUGUCCUCAGCUACAGCCAUCCACCUCUAUCAUCGUGGGCCGUAUGCAUGGAACGGCGCUCUAAGCUUUUGGUUUGCCUUUGUUCUCUUCUUCGCCCAGAUCGCGCUGGAUUUAAUCACCAUCGGUCGGAAUGUCCUCGAACAUCGAAGGCUGGAAUUCAAUGAGCGGACAAUUUGA